AUGAGCGAGAAAAUCCUAGACCCGAAGAGUUUCAACAAGCUCUACCUGAACGGCCAGUACGUAUCUGCUCAGUCCACAGAUACGUACACUCUCAAGAAUCCAAAGGAUAAUUCGGUGGUAACAUCUGAAGUUCCCAUUGCCGGCGCCAAAGAUGUCGACGCAGCAGUCAAGUUCGCCGAGGACGCUUUCAAGGGGCCUUGGAGCAAGUUUACCGCCACCCAGAGAGCCGAGUGCAUGCUGAAGCUCGUAUCGAUCCUCGACGAGGAGCUCACUCCGAUCCUCACGUUGGAUUCCCUCACCUCUGGCAUUCCCAUUUCUCUGGCUCCAGUUCGUGAGAAAAGCUACAUCAGGAACUGUCUUAUCUACUAUGCUGGGUGGACAGACAAGCAAAAAGGCGACUACUUCCCAGCUGAUGAUGGAUUUGUUAAACUUGUUCGACAUGAGCCGCUGGGAGUUUGCGCAGCAGUCAAUCCAUUCAAUGCACCCAUAGCAACUUUCUUCUUGAAGAGCGCUCCUGCACUGGCAACAGGCAAUGUAAUCAUUAUCAAACCUAGCGAAAAGACACCGUUGGGUUCUUUAGCCGUUGCGCACCUCUUUGAAAAGGCCGGGUUCCCUCCAGGUGUGGUACAAGUCAUUACCGGCCCAGGCUCAACUGGUGCACUUCUCGCCGAGCACAUGAAAAUUCGCAAGAUAAGCUUCACUGGCUCUGUAGGUACAGGGCGAAAGAUCCAAGAGAUGGCCGCGAGAAGCAAUUUAAAGCGGGUUACCUUGGAGCUUGGUGGUAAGAGUCCAGCGGUAGUAUUUGAUGAUGCAAAUCUAGACAACGCCGUCACCUGGGCUGUGAAUGGAAUAAUAACACGAAGUGGGCAGCUUUGUGUUGCUGCAUCAAGGGUCUAUGUCCAAGAGGGCAUUGCUGAAAAGUUCAUCAAGCUCUAUGUAGAGAAGAUGAAGGCCGCGUCGGAUGACCUGGGGGAUCCCCAAGACCCCUCAGUUAAGCUUGGGCCGCUAGUUGAUGAAGGCCAACUCGAACGCGUCAAGGGAAUAAUAGAGCGAUCAGAGGCGGAGUUACUCGUUGGGGGUGCGAGGCAUGGGGAGAGCGGUUGCUUUAUCCAGCCAACAAUGUUUCUAAAUCCCAAAGACGAUGCUGAAGUAUACAAAGACGAGAUCUUUGGGCCGGUGAGCAUUAUCAAAACGUUCAAGGACGAGGAAGAGGUUGUCAGGCUGUCCAAUGACUCUGAAUUCGGGCUUAUGGCUGGCGUUUUCACAAAGGACAUUACCCGAGCUCUCCGUGUGUCAGCUAACAUCGAAGCUGGGGUGGUGGGAAUUAACUGCGUUAGCGUUCAAAACAUUCAAGUGCCAUUUGGAGGCAAGAAACAAAGUGGUAUCGGGAGAGAGUUUGGAGAGUAUGCUUUGAGACUCUUCACGGAGCCAAAAACCGUGCUCAUUAACAUGAAUGCCUAG